ACUGCGGUACGACAGUUUGGGCGGCUGGACAGUCUGCUCCGCGAGGAUCUGUCGUCACUGCUCCUCAGUGAAAAAUGGCCGCCAUGGCCCCGAGUCCUGGAGGAAAAGCUGAUAGGUCCGGGGCGAUUUUAUUGUUAUUGUGUCUUCUAGUCGCAUGUGAAGGAGUUUGGGGACUUGUGUGCUACUGUGAAUUGAGCUGCCCUGAUCCUCAUGUCUUCAACGGCACUUGCAUCGCAAAGCCCAAUUCGUUCUGCUUCAGUGCUAUCAGUACAGUGUUUGAUGAGGAGACACAUGAGUGGCGGGAUGAGAGGACCUAUGGCUGCCUGGGCUCAGAUGAACUCGGCUUUAUGCAGUGUCAGGCCUAUUUGAUCAAACAUCAACGCCCAAAAAACAUCUCGUGCUGCAAUGAUGCAGACAGGUGCAAUGCGGCCCUACGGCCAACGCUGAAUAUCAUGAAGGAGCCAGACCCCACCAGAAGCUUUAUGGAGAGCAUGCUUCUUGUCACCUUGCCACUUACCUUUGUGGCUGUCCUGGCGUUAAUCAUGAGCCUGUGGUUCAGGUUUCGUCAACGAGAGUCAGAUGCCAGGGCAUACUGCAAGCCCAAAAACCUCUUCAUGGGCACCAGUGAAACCCUCAGUGAACUAAUAGAACAGUCAUCAGGCUCUGGAUCUGGCUUGCCCCUCCUGGUCCAACGCACUAUCGCCAAGCAGAUCAACUUGGUGCACAGUGUGGGGAAGGGCCGCUACGGGGAGGUGUGGCUGGGCAGGUGGCGCGGGGAGAAGGUGGCCGUCAAGAUCUUCUUCACCACGGACGAGGCCUCUUGGUUCAGGGAGACAGAGAUCUAUCAGACAGUUUUGCUACGACAUGAAAAUAUAUUGUGUUACAUUGCUGCUGACAUCAAAGGGACAGGUUCCAUGACACAGAUGCUGCUCAUUACUGACUAUCAUCCGCUGGGCUCCCUUUAUGACUGCCUGCAGAACACUACACUCAACUACUACUCCAUGAUCCGCAUGUGCCUCUCUAUAGCAUGCGGCAUCUGUCACCUCCACACAGAAAUAUUUGGGACUAAAGGAAAGCCAGCAAUAGCACACAGGGAUAUUAAGUCUAAAAACAUUCUUGUCAAAAGGAAUGGUGAAUGUUGCAUAGCAGACUUUGGGCUUGCAGUGAAGUAUGUAAGUGAAAAUAAUGAGCUUGACUUUGGCACCAACCCAAAAGUUGGCACCAGACGGUAUAUGGCUCCAGAGGUCCUCAGUGAAACAAUAAACAUGAGCUGUUUUGAAUUCCUCAAAAGGGCUGACAUGUACUCAUUAGGACUGGUCCUGUGGGAAGUUGCAAGGAGAUGUGCCAGUGAGAGUGGAGGCAAAUAUUUAUUGGUGGAUGAGUACCAGCUGCCCUACAGUAACCUCGUCCCACCUGACCCGUCCUUCGAUGACAUGCACGAGGUGGUGUGUCAGAAGGGCUUGAGGCCAGAGAUACCCCUGCGCUGGCACUCAAAUGAGGUACUGAAGACCAUGAGCAAAGUGACGCAGGAGUGCUGGCAUGCCAAUCCUGCUGCACGUCUUACAGCGCUCAGGGUGAAGAAGACACUGUCCAAGCUUCAUGUUCCUGAUGGCACCAAGAUUGUCUAGUUCAAACAGUAUCCUAAUAAGGUAGGGCUCAAGACAGAAAGGGACUCUUGGCAAAGCACUGCAAGCCAAAACGAGUCUAGCAAAGAUGUGUGCCUUUUGGUUCACAUCAAAAUGUGGAGGAACUUUUCCUUCAAGUCGGUUUAGCCCAUGAGUGACAGAGGGAGAUAAUAAAGGGGAGGGAAGUGAAGUGAAGUGGUGAGCAGACUUAUUACCCUCCUACAGACUUCCUGCUGGUCCCCAUGGCUGGACUGGACAUAAGUGCCUGAUGUGUGGUUUAGUGCAUGUGUGAGUGUGUGUGUGUCUGUAACCGUAGAGUGAACCUAACAAAAUGGUAUGCAUUAUAAUACUUUUGUAGAGUAGGGCAUUUUAGUGGAUUAGGACAUUUUAUGGUUUUCAAAAGAAUGCAUUCAUGUGAUUGAGCAGGUGCAAUGGACAGCAUUGCAAGCACCAGUUAAACAUAUUUACAUUAACCAUAUGAUGCCAGUUCUUUGUGCAUCACUUCACUGGUUGUGGCAAUGACUGCUGCCAUUGUUACCAGCGUUGUUUUGUCUUGGCCAUCAUAAAGUAUGCUGACCAUCACAUCUAAUAUAUUGUCCUGAUGUCUAGUGCUUUUCCAACAAGUCAUAUGAAACGUGCCAUUGGUUUAUUAGGUAUAUUUAUAGCAAUAUUAUGUACCAUCUAAUUUAGCCAUAUCAAUUACAGUCUUCCUCAUCUAUUGGUUAGUGUUUUUAAAUAUUUAAUGUGAUACAUUAUCAGUAUGUUUAAUUCUUUAGCAAAAUUUUCCCAUUUGUAAUGCAAGCUUUACAAAUAUGUAUUAUUAGUUUCUUGAAAGUUACCUCUUACUCAAUACAGUAUAUUUUAUAAACAAUAAGCUUAAAGGAUUAUGAGGGCCAAUAAUCAAAGCACAACCCCAAGUAAGAUGAUUUAGUGACUCACUCACUGCCGCCUUCACAAAUGAAGCAGCUGCAGGAGUACAUACACAGCAAGGAUUAGUGCUGCCUCGGGGCACUGAACAAAGGGAAGAAGAUUAGUACCUGUACCUGCAUUGAAUGAUAUUAAGGGUUAAUGAUGGAAUUUUCUGUGUGUGUGUAAGCAAAAAUUAUCCCGUUUCUUUACUCUGGAUGGCCUUAAAAAUAUGAAGGGAUACUCAAACAUUUGUGUUUUGCCUUAGGUAUUUAUGUGCCUUUUGAUUUUGUAACAUUUUCGCCACUGGUUUGAUUGGUGAAUGAUAAAAUUAUAUAAUUUUAGUUAUGUUGAUUUGAAUGUUAAAAUAGUUAAUUUAUAAUUUUGCCUUGACGUUUACUUUCACAUUCUUGAUAAGAAAACUUUGUGCAACUUUAGGGAAAUAGGUAUAGUCCACCCUUUGAGUCUUAUGAAACAAGUCACAGGUACUUGGGAGAUCUUAACUGUCCACCUUCCUGAGUUCAUCCACACAAUACAGAUACUGUUUGCCGAGGCCACAGCUUAGGGAAGUUUUUAUUUCACUAGUAACACAAGAUAUAUUACCAUGUAUUUAUUAUUUUAGUUUUUUGCACACUUAGUUAUAUGACAGUAAUAAUGGGUGUUUGGGGUUGCCAUGAGUAUUUCUGAAGCAUUAACUUGGUGAUUCUAUAUGUUGAUAUCUGUCUUGUCACAUGUUAUACUUAGCAACACUGGUUUCUAUUAUCACUGACCCUUUUUAUGUUUUCUAUGUCUCACAUCUGCAUAGCUCUGAUGCCUGUCUGUUGAACAUGCAUUGUCGUCAUUUCCAUGUUGACCAUCAGGUAUUUCAAUUCUUUGAAACUAAUUAAUGCAUAUCAUUUCCAUAAUCAUUUCUUAAUUUCUUGACUAAGGUUGUAUGUUUAAGUGUCCACAAAGUUCAUUUAGCACCUGUUAUUAAUAUUAACAAUGUAAAUUGGUAAUGCAAUUCGCUAGUUUCAGUUUCGAAAUAUUUAUCCACUAUUUUUAAUACACGUAGUUAUAUCUUAUUAAUAUCAGUUUUGUCUUGAAACAGGUUAGCAGGGAAUUCAUGCAUAUUGUAGUAUGACUUUGUCUUUGCAAUGUUUGUCAGUUAUUCCUCCUUCCUGCAUCUGAGACUGUGUGCCAUAGCUUCUUACUUGCCAAACAUUGUGCCACCAAAGGAGUAUCCUGGUUACUGAUAUGUUUGUUGCUUGCACAAAAAUAUUUAAGGUAUUACAUUUAUUUAGGAAUUGUGAACUGUUGAUCAGUAGUAUAUUGGUAUUUUAAGAUUAUUUUAGAAAAAGGUAAUUGCUGCUGUGCAGAUUUUCUUUUAUUCAUAAAAUUGCUUUUAUAUAUUCACAUACACCAUUACAUUUUAUAGCUGACAAGUUUACUCUAUUGUUAUGAUUCUCUUAGUUUUAAAAUUUUGGACAGCUUUCAGGUAUAGUUAUCUUAGUGGGGAGAGGAGAUUAAAUAGAUAUCCUAAAUGACUUCAUAUCAGUGGUUAAAUGAAUUAAUUAGUUAUCUAUUUUUAAUUCUGGACUCCCAUGUCUGGCAGCUUAUAAUUUCUGUAAUAAUUCUGCACCUCUGUUCAUCUACUAUGCAAUAUUUAAACAUUCAUAAUCAUGUAAAAAAAAAAAAAUUUUUUUUUUUUUACAAUGAUUUGCAAGGCAAUCAGAAACAACCAUGCAAAUAUUUAUAUUAUGCACCAAACAGGUACACCCCUUUUGGGAAGGUCUUAUCUUUGAAUAAUUUUAAUCAUUGGUGGCCCUAUAUUGCAGAGAGGCAGGGUGGGGGGAACAAGUAAUGUGUUUUUUGUAAAUUAUUCUAACUUUGUAUUUGACAUUCAAGACAGACUGAAUUGUGCAACAUGCUACAAAGUUUCAGGGCGACUUGUCCGUAGCAGCUGAAUAACUGGGUAUAGGAUGAGAGUUUUGGACUUGUAUCAGCAGUUGAAAUCAUUAAUUCAUUGAACAUUUUAGGUUGCUUUGUGAAGUUUUAGCCAUUAACACAGCUCAAAAUCACUCAUUACAUGUAAAUUUAUCUAUGUUUCCUUGUUUAAUGGGCCAUGUUGUAACUUAAUCAUCAGCAACAGGGAAUGAGCAUGUCUUUUUACAUGUGUUUGUACAGUACUUUGAUACCCUAUUUAGUAUAACUUUGUACAUAAUCAUCAGAGAUUUAACUGUAAAUACUUUAUGUCAUGAUAUUGACUUAUGACAAUGUAAACAGCAUAUUUACUAAUGCUUUUUUAACAAUUUUACAAGGGCUUUUCCUCAGUGUACAGAAAUAUAUGAUAUGCAUUACUACAAUCUAUGACAAACUGAAAGAUGUCUAAGUGUUUCUUGCCAGAUUGUGUUCAGUGAGUUGUAUUCUGCUUUGUUGAAACACGCCGAGUGGUGGGAUGUGAGGCAGCCAUGCUUAAUCAGUUGGGUUGUUAGUAUGGUUUACUAAAAUGAUGAUUGGAGUGGUAUGAAACUUAGUUUUUGUUAAAACGAGACACUUCAUAGAGUAGAAUGCAACACAGGGUUCCUAUGCUUAAUGGUUCACUGACACUUUUAUUUUGGGAUGAUAGGAUUUUCAGUGCCUUGCAAAACCAGCUUGGUUGAAAAAAAAAUGGAAUGUAGCACUUGAUUAAAAUAUUUUGACUAUAAAUAAUUAACAUUAUUGUUAUGGACACAGUAUAAUUGAUGGGAGAAACAGUGGAUAAUUACAUCAACCACCUUAUUAAUUCAUCGGCUAGGCAAGAGUCAGGGACGCAGGCAAGCUUUCUCGCUACAGUCAGGCACAAGUACAAAGUUGUUCUUCAGCUACCUGUGUUGGUGUCACUGAAAGACAAAGCAAAGCACAAGGCCAAAGAAAAUUAACUACUACUUAGAAGUGAUGUAACAAUACCAGUGUAUAUUGUGCAAGCAUAAAUCAAGGAACCCAACCAAAACACAACUCUUGUAUAAGGUAGUCUUUCACAAUUUUAAUUUUUACACAGCCAUCAGCUUAAUUUGACCAUAAGUGCCAUAUUUUUAUAAAUUUAGCUAAGUUGUUAGUCAUUCAUCAUAUCUCAUUACUGUUAGCACCACGUUUUGUAGUUUAUUUUCUGAUUGAGCAUAGAAAGUGUGGGCUACCAAGUGUGUCUCCUUAUGGCUUUUUCAUACAGGUAACAUUAUAUCAGAUGAGCAGCAGACUGACCUCGACAUAUAUCAAGAGUAGUUCUAGAGUUUUCUUUUUUUUAAUAAUAGUGCCUUGAGUAUGUCACCAUUGUUUUCUAACAUUUCUAAGGUUUCUUUUUGUAAGAAGAGUAUUAAGCUUAUGUACAAGUUCUGUAAUACUUUCCCUGCCAGCAGCAAAUCUCAAGCACUGUGUGUUGGUCACUUUGUUGCAUGAUGUUACCAAGGGAGGAGAGGCAGAACAGAAGGGCAGGCGUGGGCCGGGGCCCCACUAGGGUGUCUGCUGGUGAUCACCUCACACCAGUCAGGGGUCAGGUCACCUGCUGGUUGCAGUUUUCAAUUUGCUUAACAUAUCAGUUCCUUCAUCAGAAAUAUAUUUUUCAUUCCUUAUCAAAGAACUUAAUUUUGUAAGAUUAAUUUUCAACUUCUAGCUGAUUACAAACUGUGUUUGUAUAAAUUACUGUAUGAAAAUGUUAUAUUUCAGAUCAUACUCAUGAAGGCUAUAAUUUUUAUAUUAAUAAAAAUUUUACUGGAAAA